CUCGUUGCCUCCUUUACAGGCUUUAGAAUGCAUUUUAAGCGUCUAUGUUAAGAAUAAUUUCGUGGGCCCCCCUUCAGACCUUCCUUUGGAUCUUUCUCAAAUGGAUAAUCUGGCCUAUGAGUGCCUAUCUGUCGAUGGCGAAACUCCAUUUCCUCUAGUUCGUAAUCUGUCCUUGCUCUGGUUUUGUAAAGAAUUUUCCCGACAUAUGAUUAUGACCUCCAGGGUUAUGACCUUCGUUUAUGCUGUGAAUUAUAUGAAGUCCAUUUAUCUGUACCAAAAUAUAUAUGGUGAACGAAGAUGCCCUUCGAUCAAGGCAGAUUUUGAUGACAUUCUGAAACAUGCCGAUCUGGGAACGAAGACCAAGGCUCAGGAGAACCCUUUGUCACAGCUUACUUUGGUUGUUGAGCGGACAAAUGCCACGAAUUUCUCCCUUUUCUUACCCAAUGGUUCAACAGCUCAGCCGAAAAUUUGUCCACUGGAGGAUGAUAAUUUGCUGGAUUUUAUCAAAUUUGUGGACGAUACAAGAGCUACAGACCAGAAGCUUUCAGUCUCCGAUCAGGCAUUUGUUUUGUGUAGCGGGGAACUGCACCGACGUUCGCACCCCCAUGAUGACUUGAUCGACGAGCAAUCACUAACUUACGUAACAACCGUAGUUCGUGCGAUUGUGGAGGGUAAUAAAGUCGAGACAAACGAUAAUGGGGCUUUUGAAAGUGCUUCGAAGAAUGCAGUUUCAUGGCCUGUACUCACUGAAGCACUCUUCAAGCGAGGCUUGUAUGAGAGGCGGUCGCUGGCCAGAACUGAAAGAGCUAUCCGGCAGCUUGAAGAGCUAAUGGCUCAGUUCUCUUCGCCAACGCCUGGAACAGAGGAGAGGGGUAUGCAACACUUUUUCUGGUCUCGAAUGCCGUCGCAGUGGCAGAUAGAGCUGUCACUCGCUCGUUCUCUCACUACGAUUGGGUCAACCAAAAGCGCUCUUGAUAUUUACCUCCGUUGGCAACAGUGGGAUGAAAUUAUCAGCUCUUACACUUCACUUGGCAAGCGUGACUUGGCUGAAAAGGUGAUUCGUGAGCGUAUCGCUAGUGGACAUGAGACUCCGGAACUCUAUUGCUGUCUUGGUGACGUGACUUCUAACGCAACACACUACGAGACCGCUUGGGAACUCUCGAAACACAGAUCAUCCAGAGCCGUUCGCAGUUUGGGAUACUACGCUAUGGGGAAGGACAAGGAUUUGAAGAAAGCUGCUGAGUACUUUGAGGCUUCUUUGGAUCAAAACCGUUUUCAGGUAAUUCCUUUCUUUGUGCACUUGCUUACGAUCGGCUUUGCAUCUCUACUAGCUUACUUUUCACCCCUAAAUAAGGUCAACCUCUGGUUUACGCUCGGUUGCUGUUAUCUCCAACUUCGCGACUUCUCAAAGGCUGAGAGGGCCUUUAGAUAUUGUGUCACAUUUGAGCCUGAUAAUUUUGAAGCCUGGAACAAUUUGGCGAGCUCGGUGAUCUUUAGUGGACGUAGAACACAGUCGCUGGCCUUAUUGAAAGAAGCUACCAAAUGGAACUUCGAUUCUUGGCGAAUUUGGGAGAACAUUUUGCUGGUUGCCAUGGAUGAGCGCUCCUUUGGGGAUGCGAUUACCGCCUACCAUCGGCUGAUCGACUUGCGCCACAAACAUAUCGACUCUCAGGUUCUAGGCAUGCUCACAAAAGCAGUGUCCGAAAACCUUUUGGAUAGCAAGAAUUGCGGCGCAGCUAGGUUCCGCAAAGACCUUCUGACCCUCUUAGGUCGUGUCACAUCCACUGUGAGUUUAAUUGAUUCUUUCUUUUUCCUACUGGCCUGUGGUUAUGUUUACUUUUACGUCUUUGGUUUUCAGAAUCCCUCUGACGCGGACAGCUGGCGACACUAUGCGAAUCUCAUUCUUGGCUCUGAUGCUGAAAUGGACCCUGUACAAUUUCAACGCGCAAUUCAGUACCUCCAACGAUCCUAUCAAUGCCGUCUCAGAUCUGCGGCUUCGGAUUGGGAAUUCGAUAAGACAGUAAGAGAGGAUCUUCUGACGGAUCUCCAGUUCAUGGUAAAGCUUCUCAGUCCCAACGACCGCGUGAGCAGUUUUACAUCCGAUCCGGAGAUGAAGGCUUUCAUCACUUCCACCCUCUCUUCCCUUAAAAUGUGUAUCAACGUAUAUAUCGCACGUCUUAAGUCGGCCAUCAACAGAUGCGUGGCGGAUGAGUCCCGGAAGGAAAUUGUUGCAGUCAUGAAGGUAUUGUCGGAUCUUAAUGGCUCAAUUAAUUUUGCCCUGAGGUGUAUCUGGGGCUCAAAUGGUGGUCGCCGUUUCUUUGCCUCCACGUUAUCGCCCUCCACGUCCUUUGCGAUGGCUGAUUUUCAUCAAUUAGGCUGUGCUGAGUUCAUUCAACGCAUGCGUCAAAAUCUGAUUGAGCGGAACUCCGAAGCGAAUUUUGAUGAAAUGCUCUCACUUUAUCAGCGCCUUCAGAGCGGUGAGAGAGAUCUUCAGCCGAGGCUAGAGCAACUUUACCUUUCGUUACCGAAUUUCAGUCACUCGAGUACACCCAUAGGCGAUUCUAGUAAAUUUCGACUUCUCCAUAUUCAUGGCUCGCCGAAAUUUAUUCCGCAAGCGAAGAAUGAAAUCGAAUUGCUAUCGAACGAAGUCGUUUCGCACAGAUGGAGGAAUCGAGGUCGUAGAACAGGUCUUGGAACUCUGAGAUCGUCAAGAUCGCUUACAGCCGGCUGUGGUCCCCGAGCCUAUGCUUUUUACGAUAGUCUUGCUGUCCUCGAAGCCGCCUUGCUUCAACUCACCCUUGAUCGAACUCGUAAGGCUGGGUUCCAACUCAUCACGGUUCCUGAUCUCCUCCCCACUUCCGUCAUCCAACGCUGCGGCUUUCCUAUCACUGGUGCAAGAAAUCAAGUAUGUUUAAAUUUUUUUUGUCUAUUGGUCAUUUCACUAAAUAAUUGGUGUUGGCUAUUGAAUAAAAUUAUAAGCAUCAGACGUCUCUGCCUUCAGAUAUUUAAUGUUGUCGGGCGAGAGGAAAGCAGUUUUGGCGAUAGAACGCUGUUCUCUUUAUCAGGAACGGCGGAGAUGGCACUGGCGGGGUUCUGUGCAGAUCGUGUGUUCGGCGGAAUAGACACCACCGAGGCGGAGUUCUUCUGUGCGAUCAGCCGUUGUUUCCGUCAUGAGAUUGCACCGCAAGAGUCUCUACUCUAUCGAACGCAUCAGUUCACCAAAGUACGUCUCUUUACUCCUUCGGGCUGUACCCUGGUUAUGUUGCUUUUCCUUCGACGGUCGAAGUUUAUUUUUAGUGUCUUAGAGAUGCCCACAAGUGAGCUUGGUAACUCCGCCCAUCGAAAAAUUGACAUUGAGGCGCUUAUGCCUGGUGAAGGAAUAUUUGGGGAGGUUUCUAGCACGUCAAACUGCACAGAUUACCAAGCCAUCCGAUUAAACAUCUUUUGGAAACAGCGGGAUUCCAAAGAGGGCCGUCACCCUUACGCUUACACGUUAAAUGGAACCGGUUGUGCUGUUACGCGAAUUCUAAAGGCGCUUGUCGAAACAAAUCAGAAUUCUGAUGGGAGUAUUGACAUACCCCGCAUUCUCUGGCCUUACAUGAAUGGGAUCAGGAAAUUGCAGAUGGAGGAAUCACCCCUGGUAACUUCUUGA